AUGGCGAAGCGAAGUCGAUCACCGUCAAGCCCGCUGCAGGUUGCAGCCUUCCUAUUUCGCCGUGACUUCCGGCUUGUAGACAACACGGGCCUCCUGCAGCUGCGUCGCCGCGCUGCGAGUGAAUCGCUGCGCAUCCUCCCGCUGUUCUUCUUCAAUACGCUCCAGUGUGAUCCCGCGCGGAACGCGUACUUUGGAAAAGCCUGCUUUGAGUUCCUCUGCCGCUCGCUGCGCCACCUUAGCGACGUGCAGCUGGACGGGCGGCUGCUGUGCCUGCGUGGCAGCGACGCGGACUGUCUGGAGGCCGUCCACGCCGCGGGGUACGACGUUAAGUACCUCGGCUUCAAUCGAGACAUCACCCCGUUUGCGCGGGAGCGUGACGCGCAGCUGCAGGAGUGGUGCCAAGCACGAGGAGUGUCGUGCGUGACCAGCGAUGUGGACUACACGCUCCUCCCUGUGGACGCUGUGGUGACGGCGAGCGAGCAGCCGUAUCGCGUUUUCACGCCGUUUUAUCGAAAGCUUCUGCAAGACCACUUUCACGCGAUUCCUCUGCCAGACUGCACUCCUGUUGACGUAAACAAAUGGUUUGUCGACGCCAGCGUGAAGGACGAUGUGGAGGCGGCAACGCUCAAAGUGAAGCGGAGGUGCGGCGACGCGGGCGGUGCUCAGCUCGUGGACUACAUAGAUCUAGGUGCAUUUCCGCCGGUGUUCCCGCAGCUCGCAGAGGAGGGUGGAAGGGAUGAAGGGAUGUCGCGUAUGUCCCGCAUCGCGCAGGCGACGCACUACGCCGCUGAGCGGGAUGACAUCGUUGGCGACUACACAACGCACCUGAGCCCACACCUGAAGUUUGGCACCGUUUCCAUUCGCGAGGUGAUGCAGCAGUCUGUGCAGCACCUCGGGAAAGAUCAUGCAUUUACGCGUCAGCUCAUUUGGCGAGAGUUCUACGCAAUGCUGCUUUUCCACAAUCCACGAGUCGCGCAGGGGCAAUUGAAGGCUGGUGUGACGCAAACCAAGCAACUUGCUGCCUGUGAGAAUGACCCAUUCGACAAGAAGUAUGUUGACUUUCACUGGUCGUGGGACGAUGCCGCCUUCACGGCCUUCAAGGAGGGCCGCACGGGUGUCCCUCUUGUGGAUGCCGCCGUGCGCUGUCUGACGCAGACAGGCUGGUGCCACAACCGUUGUCGCAUGAUCAUCGCCAACUUCCUCGUGAAGGUGCUCUUUGUCGACUGGCGCGAAGGAGAGCGGUGGUAUGCGACGGUGGCAGUCGACUACGACGUUGCAAACAACAACGGCGGGUGGUUAUGGUCAUCAGGGCAGGGUGCUGAUGCCCAGCCGUACUUUCGUACCUUCAACCCUUUCCGCCAGUCCGCGCAGCACGACCCUGACGCGGUAUUCAUCAAGCAAUGGGUUCCGGAACUGCGCGAGGUUUCCGCGAAGACCAUUCACGAGUGGGACGUAUACUGCGAAAAGCAUCGGCGCCAAACGAAUACUAAGCUGCGAACUCCAAAGGUUAAAAAAUGCAAAGAGAAAAAGCAGCCCAAGGCAACGUUAGGCGGAAACCUUGUGAGCGGGUCAGCGUAUCCGAGCCCCAUUGUGGAUGUGAAGCAGCGCACCAGGUGGGUCAUUGAGCGUUACAAGGAGCAUGCGCAGCAGUUACAAACAAGAAAAUAA